GGGAGAAGGCGUGGCUAGUUGGGAGAGAGCGGGGGCGGGGUUUGCGCGACUGAGCAGAGCCAGCCUGGUUGCGUGGAGGCUUGUUUUAUUCACCAGCCACCACCCCCCCGCCCCUCUCCCGCCACCUUUUUAUUUUUUCUCCCGGAGUCUUAUUAAUUUCUCUGUGGGGCUGCAGCUGGAGACCGCGGAGCGUUGGAAAUGACGCUCAGAGCUUUAAUUACCGCAGCCGCCGGACAAGUGUGAGGAAAGCUGACAGGAAAAAAGGAGGACAGGACCGGGGGUGAAGCAAGAAGCUUCGCCCCCACCUCUCCCUUUCCUCCCAAAUUGGACUGGAGGUGCAAGGAAACUGAGAAGGGAGCCGAACAGAGUCCGGCUGUGGGGAGAGGCCGGAAACCUACCGCCUCUUUGCAGUCAACUUUUUUUGGAAAUCUUUUGCCGAAUCCUUCCUUUUUAUUGUUGACCAACCAGUGAGAGAGAGCGAGAAAGUGAGGAGGGAGCGAGAAAGCCAAGGCUCACACGGGGAACUAGCUGCCCGGUCCGGUCAGGCGCACCACGGGCACACACUCGAGCACACUCCCACCCGCGCGCCCCCUCACGCGCCCCCUCUCCCCCUCCUCGGGGCCGGGGCCCUGGACCCGCGGGCGCGGACUCGGCCGCCCGCGCUCGGAGCCGGUGCACCGCGCGCGCCAGUCCCCCUCGCGCUCCCACGCGCGCUGGGCUGAGGGAUCUCCUCCGCGUGCCCGAAAGGGGAUAUGCCAUUUGGACAUGUAAUUGUCAGCACGGGAUCUGAGACUUCCAAAAAAUGAAGCUGGCGACAGGACUGUGGGUCUGGGUGAGCCUUCUCGUGGCGGCGGGGACCGUCCAGCCCAGCGCUUCUCAGUCAGUGUGUGCAGGAACAGAGAAUAAGCUGAGCUCUCUCUCUGACCUGGAGCAGCAGUACCGAGCCUUGCGCAAAUACUAUGAGAACUGUGAGGUAGUCAUGGGCAACCUGGAGAUAACCAGCAUUGAGCACAACCGGGACCUCUCCUUUCUGCGGUCCAUACGAGAAGUCACGGGCUACGUGCUGGUGGCUCUUAAUCAGUUUCGCUACCUGCCUCUGGAGAAUUUACGCAUUAUCCGUGGGACAAAACUUUAUGAGGACCGUUAUGCCUUGGCAAUAUUUUUAAACUACAGAAAAGAUGGAAACUUUGGACUCCAAGAACUUGGAUUGAAGAACCUGACAGAAAUCCUAAAUGGCGGAGUCUACGUAGACCAGAACAAAUUUCUUUGUUAUACAGACACAAUUCAUUGGCAGGACAUUGUUCGGAAUCCAUGGCCUUCCAACCUGACUCUGGUGUCAACAAAUGGCAGCUCAGGAUGUGGGCGUUGCCAUAAGUCCUGUACUGGCCGAUGCUGGGGACCCACAGAAAAUCAUUGUCAGACUUUGACAAGGACAGUAUGUGCAGAACAGUGUGAUGGCAGAUGCUAUGGGCCCUACGUCAGUGACUGCUGUCAUCGAGAAUGUGCUGGAGGCUGCUCAGGACCUAAGGACACCGACUGCUUCGCUUGCAUGAACUUCAAUGACAGUGGAGCCUGUGUUACUCAGUGUCCGCAAACGUUUGUCUACAAUCCAACCACCUUUCAACUGGAGCAUAAUUUCAAUGCAAAAUAUACCUAUGGAGCAUUUUGUGUCAAGAAGUGCCCACAUAACUUUGUGGUGGAUUCCAGCUCCUGUGUGCGUGCCUGCCCUAGUUCCAAGAUGGAAGUAGAAGAAAAUGGGAUUAAAAUGUGUAAACCUUGCACUGAUAUUUGCCCAAAAGCUUGUGAUGGCAUUGGCACAGGCUCACUGAUGUCAGCUCAGACCGUGGAUUCUAGUAACAUUGACAAGUUCAUAAACUGCACCAAAAUCAAUGGGAAUUUGAUCUUCCUUGUCACUGGUAUUCAUGGGGACCCUUACAAUGCAAUUGAAGCCAUAGACCCAGAGAAGCUGAAUGUCUUUCGGACAGUCCGAGAGAUAACAGGUUUCUUGAACAUACAGUCAUGGCCCCCAAACAUGACUGACUUCAGCGUUUUUUCUAACCUAGUGACCAUUGGUGGAAGAGUGCUAUAUAGUGGCCUUUCCUUGCUUAUCCUCAAGCAGCAGGGCAUCACUUCUCUACAGUUCCAGUCCCUGAAGGAAAUCAGUGCCGGAAACAUCUACAUCACCGACAACAGCAACCUGUGUUAUUAUCAUACCAUUAACUGGACAACACUCUUCAGCACCAUCAACCAAAGAAUAGUGAUCCGGGACAACAGGAAGGCUGAAAACUGCACUGCGGAAGGAAUGGUGUGUAACCAUCUCUGUUCAAACGAUGGGUGCUGGGGACCUGGGCCAGACCAGUGUCUGUCGUGCCGUCGCUUCAGCAGGGGAAGGACCUGCAUAGAAUCUUGUAACCUCUACGAUGGUGAAUUUCGGGAGUUUGAGAAUGGCUCCAUCUGUGUCGAGUGUGACCCCCAGUGUGAGAAAAUGGAAGACGGCGUCCUCACAUGCCAUGGUCCGGGACCUGACAACUGUACAAAGUGCUCCCAUUUUAAGGAUGGCCCAAACUGUGUGGAAAAAUGUCCAGAUGGCUUACAGGGGGCAAACAGUUUCAUCUUCAAGUAUGCUGAUCAGGAUCGGGAAUGCCAUCCGUGCCACCCAAACUGCACUCAAGGGUGCAUAGGCUCAAGUAUUGAAGACUGCAUCGGCCUGAUGGAUAGGUGUAGCGGUCCCACUAGUCAUGACUGCAUUUACUACCUUUGGACGGGCCAUUCCACUUUACCACAACAUGCUAGAACUCCUCUAAUUGCAGCUGGAGUCAUUGGUGGGCUCUUCAUCCUGGUCAUCAUGGGUCUAACGUUUGCAGUUUAUGUUAGGAGGAAAAGCAUCAAAAAGAAAAGAGCCUUAAGAAGAUUCCUGGAAACAGAGUUGGUGGAACCUUUAACUCCCAGUGGCACAGCACCCAAUCAAGCUCAACUUCGUAUUUUGAAAGAAACUGAGCUCAAAAGAGUGAAAGUACUUGGCUCAGGUGCUUUUGGAACCGUUUAUAAAGGUAUUUGGGUUCCUGAAGGAGAAACGGUGAAGAUUCCUGUGGCUAUUAAAAUUCUUAAUGAAACAACUGGUCCCAAAGCCAAUGUGGAGUUUAUGGAUGAAGCUCUGAUCAUGGCAAGUAUGGAUCAUCCACACUUAGUCCGAUUAUUAGGUGUGUGUCUGAGCCCAACCAUUCAGCUGGUUACACAGCUCAUGCCCCAUGGCUGCCUGCUGGAUUACGUCCAUGAACACAAGGACAACAUUGGAUCACAGCUGUUGCUUAACUGGUGUGUCCAGAUAGCUAAGGGAAUGAUGUACCUGGAAGAAAGACGGCUUGUUCAUCGGGAUUUGGCAGCCCGUAACGUCUUAGUGAAAUCUCCUAACCAUGUGAAAAUCACGGAUUUUGGACUAGCCAGACUCUUGGAAGGAGAUGAAAAAGAGUAUAAUGCUGAUGGAGGAAAGAUGCCAAUUAAAUGGAUGGCUCUGGAGUGUAUACAUUAUAGGAAGUUCACCCAUCAGAGCGACGUUUGGAGCUAUGGAGUCACUAUAUGGGAAUUGAUGACCUUCGGAGGAAAACCCUACGAUGGAAUUCCAACCAGAGAAAUCCCCGACUUAUUAGAAAAAGGAGAACGUCUGCCCCAGCCUCCCAUCUGCACUAUUGACGUUUACAUGGUCAUGGUCAAAUGUUGGAUGAUUGAUGCUGACAGUAGACCUAAAUUUAAGGAACUGGCUGCUGAAUUUUCAAGGAUGGCUCGAGACCCUCAAAGAUAUCUAGUUAUCCAGGGUGAUGAUCGCAUGAAGCUUCCCAGUCCAAAUGACAGCAAGUUCUUUCAGAAUCUCUUGGAUGAAGAGGAUUUAGAAGACAUGAUGGAUGCUGAGGAGUACCUGGUCCCUCAGGCUUUCAACAUCCCACCUCCCAUCUAUACUUCCAGAGCAAGAAUUGACUCAAAUAGGAGUGAAAUUGGACACAGCCCUCCUCCUGCCUACACCCCCAUGUCAGGAAACCAGUUUGUGUACCGAGAUGGGGGUUUUGCUGCAGAGCAAGGAGUGCCUGUGCCCUACAGAGCCACAACCAGCACCAUCCCAGAAGCUCCAGUCGCUCAGGGGGCUACAGCCGAGAUCUUUGAUGACUCCUGCUGUAACGGCACCUUACGCAAGCCAGUGACACCCCAUGUCCAAGAGGACAGCAGCACCCAGAGGUACAGCGCCGACCCCACAGUGUUUGCCCCAGAACGAAGCCCACGAGGAGAGCUGGACGAAGAAGGGUACAUGACCCCUAUGCGAGCCAAACCCAAACAAGAAUACCUGAAUCCUGUGGAAGAGAACCCUUUUGUUUCUCGGAGAAAAAACGGAGACCUUCAAGCUCUGGAUAAUCCCGAAUAUCACAGUGCUUCCAGCGGUCCCCCCAAGGCCGAGGAUGAGUAUGUGAAUGAGCCACUGUACCUCAACACCUUUGCCAACGCCUUGGGGAACGCCGAGUACCUGAAGAACAACGUACUGUCUGUGCCCGAGAAGGCCAAGAAAGCAUUCGACAACCCCGACUACUGGAACCACAGCCUGCCACCCCGGAGCACCCUUCAGCACCCAGACUACCUGCAGGAGUACAGCACAAAAUAUUUUUAUAAACAAAAUGGACGGAUCCGACCUAUUGUGGCAGAGAAUCCGGAAUACCUCUCUGAGUUCUCGCUGAAGCCAGGCACUGUGCUGCCGCCUCCGCCCUACAGACACCGGAAUACUGUGGUGUAGGCCCGCGCCCACUUCCCCGCCGCCUCUCUUUCUCUUCCCGUCUUCCUUCUACUCCCAAGGCCAGUAGUUCUGCCACUUCCCGGUGGAAAGUAGCGAGAUGCAAUGACAGUUAUGUGCUUUUCUAACUUGAACCUUAGAAGGAAGGACUGAAAGAGAAAGACAGGAGGAACCACACUGUUUCUUCAUUUCUCUGCAUGGGUUGGUCAGGAGAGUGGAACGGCUAGAGGAAGACCAGCAAAUAAGAGGCAAUACUGUCUGCUGCCAAACUAGUUUUCAAGUUUUUGUUUUUGUUUUUGUUUUUUUUCCCUCCUGACUUUUCUCUUGCUUUCUUGUCUUCCUUCCUUCCUUCCUUCCAAGGCACAUGCUUGGAAGACCCAUGCUAUCUCUUUCCUAUUUGCAGGGACUGAUAAUUACAUUUUCAGCAUCCCUGGAAAUCCUAAUAAAGUUUCCAUUAGAACAAAAGGAUAAUCUUUUACAUAACAUAUAAUAGUAACUAAAAUUGAGAAGCCAGUCUCUCUCUCUGACAGUUUCCAUCCUGACAAGCAAGAAUGGCCAACUCAGCUUUCAUGAUAUUUGACUCUCCGUCAAAGUUGUAACAAUGUGUGGGGGAAGGGCUUUUUUGUUUUCAUGUUGUUUUGCUUUGAUCUGUACCUUCUUAUUACUUUCUCCCCUAUUUUGGGCUUUAAUUUAUAAUUGCAAAGAUUUUUACAUAAAACCUUAUGUGUUGCUAUAAAUUGACGGAAUUGUAAAAAGAAAUAUUUUAAUAUGGUGAAAUGGCCACUAUUUUAACUAUACAGUCUUUAAAAUUAGAAGGGGAGGAUAUUAGUCAAAUGUAACAUCAAAUCCAACUUUUGUGUUUUACACUAUUGGCUAUGUAUCCCCCCAUUCUUUACAUUCUUUAACAUUUUCUUCUCCUCUAUGUACUUGAUAAGCAGUUGGUAAUGUUAAGAGUAGAAGGGAAAGUAAAAGACAGUUCUGUGUGGUUCAUGAAAACUACUGACGCUUUUGGGGUGAUCCGAUGGGGAAUCCAUUGAACUGGAAGAAACACACUGGAUUGGGUAUGUCUACCUGGCAGAUACUCAGAAAUGUAGUUUGCACUUAAGCUAUAAUUUUAUUUGUUUUCUUUCUGAACUCCAUUUUGGAUUUUGAAUGAAGCAAUAUAGAAGCAACCAGCAAAACAACUCAUUUAAAUACAUUUUUUUAAGUGCUAAGAUAAAGAAAGACUGGAAAUGCCAAACCAAGCAAAUUAGGACUUUGGAACAGUAUCCAGGGAUUAUGGUGAGAGGGUCAGCACAUGAUCAACAUGUGAUAUCACAUUUCCUACACAAGGAAAAGUUGUCCAGUUUGUAUACUCCACUUGAAGGAAUGCAAGUAAGGACUGGCUUGAAUUCCAUGGAAUUUCUAGUAUGAAACUCUAUUUAUAUUAAGUAGAAGGUAACUCUUUGCACAUAAAUUGGUAUAAUAAAAAGAAAUACACAAACAUUUACUGAUAUAGAUAGGUCCUUGGAUCAAAAGUUGUAAAUAAAUGUGAAAAAACUUCUCAUGUAAUUAUUUUAAUAUCCAACCUACUAAUCUUUUGAUACUUUAUAUAGUAACUCUUUUUCUUCAAACUCAGCAUCUGAAUUCUAGGACCAUCUUUAUUGUGUAUCAUUUUAAGAUGAGCAAUGAGAACAAAUGGUAGGGAUGGGUCCAGGAAAGGGGGACCUCAGGUCAAUAAUUUAAAAACUUGGAUGGAAGUCUCUCUUUUCUAGUAAAAUCUGCCCCAAUUCAUUUGGAAUUUUUAAAAAAUAUUUCCUUCUAAUGUUAAAGUAUUGGGACCAAAUGUGAGUGUAUCACCUAAAUGAAAGCAAUUAGACUAAAAAUCUCCACUGGCAAAGAGGAGCGUUUAGAAAAAGAAAUGAAAAGAAAUCUAGGUUUCUGCCUAUUGAAAAAAUAUAUCUAUCCAUCCAGCUCCCUUAUUUUUUCAACUCAUAAUGAUUUAGGGUCUAUUAAAAGCACUGUGUUAUGUGGGGAGCACCCAGAUAAAUGCAAUAUCCCUAACUUAAAAUUUUUACAAUCCAGAUAUAUUUGGAAUGACAUUUGUUUAUCUAUUUAUAAUUCAAGGAAUACAAUUGCAUGAACUAUUUUAUGACCAUCAUCAUAAAAUCAGCUCUUUGUUAAAAGAUCUCCUGUGAACUCAUCUGGAACAUGAGUUAAGCAUCCUACAAGUUACCGAAGUCAACAAAGAGAAUAGCUUCAAUGUUAUCCAAACACAAACUGCUCUAGAAAGAUGUUGUAUCACUGGCUAGUUGUCCUCUCUGAAUUCUUACUGGACCGUUAAAUCAACAAUAGAUGUUGGUCUUCAGCCAAGAACAUUUGAGGCAUUGAGAUUGAUUUCUCCCUAAGUUUAUGAAAAGUGAGGUAAGCUAAAAGAAUGAGGUCGAGCGAGGGAGGGGUCUGUGAGAUCUCUUUCAGUGAAGUUCCAGCAUGAACCUCCUAGGGUUGUAGACACAGAACGACUCAGGGGCCACAGCCUAACAGUUCAGAGCUCUUCCACCCAAUCAGAGGAGGCUCCAGCAAGAGUCUUCACAUCAGUACUUAUGAAAAUGUGGAUAUAAGCCUGUCUUUCUAGGUAAAUGUAUACCAACUUUUCACUGACAGCACCCUUGUUGGGUACUAGAACUUGACUUUUUCUUCAGAUUUACAAUAUUCAUAUGGUUUCUACUGGGAUACGAAAAGCAGAAUCACUUAUGUUGGAGAAGGAAAGAAAUAUAAUUAUUUUAUUAUUAAGGUAAUAGAAAAGUAUUCAGUGAAUGUAGUGUCUCUGAUCCUAAGACCCUUGCACGUCAGGUGCUAAUAACUGGAGAUAGAUGCAAGUUUAAUCCAAAAGGACCCAAAAUGCUUCACAAGAACUCUUGUUUCUUCUGAAUGAUUUCUCUAGCAGAUACUUGAUUUCCGUUAUUUUAGGGUUUUACUUUUGUUUUAUUUUUGUCCCCUUAGGAAAACAUAUUUUGGAGUAUAUAAAAGAGAGAGAAAAAAAAUUUCAUCUGUUCCAAAGAUGACUUAUUCAACCCAGUAGAGUGAAGCUUUAAAAUGCCAAUUCAAGCCUGCAAAGGGCAUCGGAAUAACAGAUUAUUGUAGGCUAGUUGUAUCAGUGGAAAUACGUAGAACCAAUUAAGUAAAUCUGAGGAAAAUUAACGGUAACCUUACACAGACAGUAUUUUUAAAAUCACCAUAUCUUGUAGCUUAUACCUAUCUUGGAGAAUCUUUUUUUCAGGUAAGAAAAACUGUGUAACUAAAUGAUUGUUUAAAGCAGUGGUUCUUAGACAAGUGAGAAAAGACGUUGUCCAAGCCACCAUAAACCCAGAACCACAAAGCAUCCUACACCGCAAAGAGGCACUUGAAUGACUGAGUAGCAAGUGAUUUUCCGAAUAUUAGUGGCACUGGUUAGGAUGAGAGUUCUUUCUCGGGUGAUACUCUUGAAAGGAAAUAUUUUUAAAAAUGCAAAACACAAAUCAGAUUAAAAUCUAUGAACUAAAAAUAUGAGAUUUUUUUUUCUCAGUAGGUGAGGAAGAUUGAAUAUCUGUAGCAGGAGAGGAGAAAUAGCCUUCUUCAAAGUAUUAUAAUACGUGUGUUAAUACCUUCUGAAAUCAGGACUUGGCGCGAAGAUCAUGUAUAUUCCUAAUGCCUGGGACAAGCCAGCAGAAGGACCGUGAGGUUCUGCUUCUACGUAAAGUUGGAAGGGGCAUUAACAUGCCUUUUGACGUGUCAGAAAUAAAAGAAAAAGAAAAGUGUUUAAGCCCGAUAAGGAAGGAUGUAAAUACAUGUUUCUCUAGAGAUAGCUAACAAUUAUUUCAAAACUUGAAUUAUUCAUCCAUCUAUAAGUGUUGAUUAUUUAACUAGUAUUUGUAGUUCAUAAGGUAAUAGAAAAGGUGAUCAUGAAAGCAUGUAUAUAACUGGGCAGAACCACGAUAAUGCUGUAAGGUGUAGAUUUAGUUAGGUUAUCAGACAUUAAAUGAUUUUAAUACUAUUAAGUAAAUCAAACUAGAAAAGUAACCACAAAAUAUAAUGUAGCAAAAUAAAAGGCAGGAUAUGAAGAUUUAAGAUGGAUUUUGUGUAGUAAAAAAUACGUUUGCCAUUUAAAAUUGUUCUUUGUUAGGUUUAGCUGAAAGUAGGCAUAUGAAGAGCUGGUUCCACUUAUGAAAACUUACUUUAAAGCAUUACAAUUAUUUUUUUUCUCAUUCCCUUAUGCCUUUACCAUUUUUUAAAUGUAUUCAUUGUAAAGAGAAAUUUUCAAAAUUUGUUUUGCAAACACUACCUUGUAGAGUUUAACAGGCAAAUAUGUUACGUAUGACCUUAAGAGGUUUUCAGAAUGAAGUAAAGGAAAUAUAAAUGUUCUAUUACCUUAUGCAGAGACAAAAAAUGAGUGGUGCCAUUUAGUAAACAGACAAAAUGCAUUUAAUUUGUGACAUAUCCAUCUUCCAUGAUAUCCUCCCAUCUACAAAAAAAAAAAAACCCAAGGAAUUAAUUAAUAAUAUUCUGAUAAAUAAGUGCUUAAGUAAGCGUUUCAAAUGGCUGUAUUUCCAUGAUUUUGGACUCUAGUUAUUAGCCUGAUGAUUUUUAAUAGGGCAAAUGAGAAAUCCAGGUGUAAAACAUUUCUAGUUGUUAAAAAAGUCAGAAAAGGGAAUCUACUGUAUAUGCUAUGGGCAGAGAAUUUUGCUGGGGCUUGCUUUGUGUACAUGGUCUUUGAAGGACAGCUCAGCACCCAUGCAGACGUCUAAGGCAGACUCACAUCUCCUGAUUGCCAUUUGCUUAAGAACAAAUAAUACUAUACAGAGGUAGACUGGGCGUCAUUUUAAAAUAACAGUUGCCAGCAGAGACCGUGAUAUUAGUGAAAUUACAAAGGGGCCAGCGUUUAUACUUCUGGGUAGAAUUAACACACCUUUUCUAAGCCCAGAGAGACUUUGCGAGAGUAGUUCUUCCCACAAUUGCAAACACAAAGCUGUUGUGGACACUGUUGGCUCAGGAGCGUUUGCAUUUGUGUGGACAAAUGGCUUUUAACACCAUGGGCUGCUUUGUUCUUUUCAUUUAAAACGACAACAAAAAAAAUCUCCAUAGGAGAGAAAUUUCAGACACUCUGUUCAAAGUCCCGCUGCUUUUGCAGAGGUGCAAAAGCCUAGGGUGUGUCACCUCUGCAGACCCCUGUCCCACUUCUUCCCGGCCAGGUGCUAUUUGGGGCAGAGGAAACUACUUCUCGGGUGAUGAGCUGAAAAGACUCUGAGCCCCAAUUUCAAGUAGAUGUUCAUACGCUUCUCCUGGAAAAUACUCCUUUACAGUCAACUUUGCAAAUAAGUGAUUAUCUUAUUAGGAAUCACAGAAAAAUUCAUUUCUCUCUGGACCUUGCAAGAAAAUACCACCCUUACUUCUUUUCUCAUCAGCACAACCAUUCCGUCCUCCUCUCUUUUCUGCCACCCGAGGUCAAAGUGGCCCUUCUGAUGCUGUAUCUGUGUUAAGCCAUAGUGGACUUCUGAGGUCCCACAUGCUGCUUUGUGAAAUACGGAUUUAGCCUCUGCCCUCAAAUGUCUGAUUUUUCCAUAAACGAUACUAACAAUUGGGACAUUGUUUAGAUUAUUUCUCAAACACAUGACUGCACAUAGUAUACUUUAUGAUAUUAAAAUGAUGCUUUUCCAUGAAGAUCAAUUCUCUUACUAUGUCCUUCUCUGUAGGAAUCUAAGUCGAGUCAGCCCUGUGAUGAGAUCUUGAAAUUCACAUAUGUACACAUACCCUUAGUUGAUUUUAGAUUUAAUCUUUCCAUAAAAAAUUUACAUAUAAUAAUUUAUUUUUUGCCAGCAAAUUAACUUAUUUACUUUAUUUAUCUUACUUUACUCCUGACUGAAAAUAUUUUAUAGCUGCUGUAUUUUUUUUUGUUAGUGAAGAGUCUUAUUAUCAUAAAGGUAAAGGCAAUUCAUCUUUGAGAACCACCUGCAAUUCUUUAUGGGAUCAUUCAUCCAUCUGACAAAUACAUAAUGAAUCCAGUUUCACUGAAAUGAAAAUCCAUGUGAUCUAAUAAUAGGUUGCCAUUUUUUCUCUACUUUUGCUCUUUAAGGACAUUCUUCUUUCAAUGCUCUAAUGAGUUUUACCCAUAUCACAAGAAGUGGUUAUAUUUGUACAAAUAUACAAAUUUGAGAAAACAAAGUUUCAUCUCUGUAGGCAAGUCUAACUCAUACAAACCACUUUGCCUUUACCGCUAUUUUUAUCCCUGAAGUGUGGAUGUUUCCCCCAGUCCUGUAGCUGUUUUGAAGGGAAGCAAAUCAGAGCUCUUAAGUACUGACAUAACCUGGUUCUUGAGUAUCAUUUCCAGAUUUUUCAGUUAGUUGGGGUUUGUACCUUUUCCCUAACGUGAGAGUCAUUUUCCUGUAUAUUUCUGGAUCUCUCAGGGGCUGGGAGGGGGGAGAGAAGGGGCCACACCACUCCAAGAAUCCUUUGGGAUUACUCCAGUAAUUAACCACGGAAGUUAUUUUCUAAAUGUAGAUAUGUAAGCUGUUCUUUUAAAGUAAGGUACUUCGGAAUAUGUAGCAUAAAUUGGUACUGCUGUUAAAUGGGUCGAUUUUUAAACUGAGCAGCUGUGCGAGGGCAGCUAACUUUGAAUGCACACCUCACUGGCUGGUGUGUCUACACCUCCUGUCUGGAGCACCAGGGACUUGCAUCGCUGCAGGUCCAAACUGCAUUUUCACACGGCGUGACUAGGUGUGUGUCUCUUUCUUGAGCACCAUUCGAACAAGAUCAGAUGAAAAUGAAAUCAGUCUGCAAGACAAUUCAUAGCACAAAAAAUAAUAAGUCACUUUAAAUCUUCUCUCGAACAUUCAUCUCAUACAUGCAUCAAAAUAGUUGACUAAGAUCAGUUCAGUUGAUAAAGGGAGACACUUUACCGAAAAGGCAGAGGCUUAAGGUAUUAUAUACAUUUGUAUUCAUUUCCUUAUGUUCUUGACUUGUAAACAGACAACAAGCCCUCUCUCUUCUGAAGUAUCUUCAAAGGACAGGGGAGCAAAAAUACCUAGCUGGUAAGCCAUUGAUGUUUCAUUUAAAUCCCAGUGUUCAAAGUUAGCUGCCUUUUUGAAAUAAACAAACAAAAAAUACUACUGUAUGUUUGAAAAUGUGAAUAGUAUUUUUAUAGCUUGUUAAAGACAUGGCUAGUUGCAUUUGUAAAUAGGGAUAAUGUUGCUUUAAUUUUCUUCUGUGGACAUCUUUAUUUGGAACAUAAUUGUCUUUAGGGUUGAUUUGUAUAUAAGUAAUUGGCUUGUGAUUGUUUCUUUUUGGUUGGAAGUUAUCAUUUUGACAUUACUUGUGAUUCUGUGUUCAGCACUAUCGUGACGUGUUCAACCUCUGCACUCGCUUACACAAUAGGAUAUGCCAAUUGUGUGUGGUGUAAUGUUAUUUUGAUUUUUUUUUCUAUUUUAUCGAUGAAGGAUUAUGCACUUAACACAUACUAACUUUUUUAAUGUUAGGUAUAUUUUUAGUAUAAUUUCCCUUAUUCUUUCCUCUCCUUCAACCCUUCACCCCCUGUUUCUUCCCUUCCCCCAAUUUCUGUUGUUCUUUGAGAACGAGGGACAAACAGUAUUUUAAAUUUCUGUACUUAGGCUUUUCUGUUAGUUCUCAAGGAUCCUCUCUUGGCUCUUGGGAGAGAAUUAUACCUGUAUAAGGCGAUUAUAGAAUGCGACCUGCUUUGCCUCAUUCUGUACUGAUCAUCCCAGCUGAACAAUUUGAAAACUGUUCUGCCUUUUUGUUACAUGAAUCUGUCAGAAAUAUAUUUUUAAUUUAAUAUAAAUGAAAUUCAAUAAAAUAUGAAACAAA